CACAAAUACUGGCAUUUACCAACACUAUUAUUUCUGUGCACAGUUAUCAUUUACGUGUUAUUAUACAUUUUCACUAACAAUGGAAAAAGACAGAAAGAAUUAACCAGCAUAGCAUAGAUAAACAAAGCAAAAAAAAAUCUGCUGCUAAAAAUGAGUAUUUCAUCCAGUGUAAAACUCCACUAUAAGAGACAUCGUAGUUCUCCGAAGGAAAGGGAUGUACAAAGUAAAGCCAGUGUGUAUAAAUCGUCAUCAGACGACACGACUAUAUUAUCAGAUAAACAAAGAUUAGAAGACGAAUCACAUGCAACUCCUUAUAGCAUAGACCGUUCACCAUCUAUGGGAUUCCGUUCGGCUGGAACAAAAGCUGCCGCCACUAAUUUUGUUAAAGAAAAUCAAACUAUUCGAAGAAAAUCACCAAUAAUAAUCCAUGAUAAGAACUCUGAUUUAAACAAUUUUGAUAAUGUUACAGAGCCUACAAGUUCAAAGAACGCUGUCACUCCUGGUAAUUCAGAUAAUAUAAAGACUAAUCCAUUGGAUAACGACAUAAAAAGCAUGUCAUAUGGGCCGUCGCCUCAAGCGCAACCAGCACCACUGUACUCCUGUCACUGUUGUCCGUCAUUCUGUGCACCGAUAGUUAACUGUGUACCGCCUACACUUGGCCUGAGUCCAUUCCAAAUGAAUCCAUGCUGUUUCUAUAACAAUAUUCCAGCUUACACACACUGUACAAAUGCGUAUAACUUAAUCCCAUAUAACUGUUGCCACCAUCAUAAUAGUCAUUCUCCUCAACUAAUAAACUGUGCUUGUAAUCCAUAUUCACAAUGUUAUAGUCAACGGUGUUUCUAUGCACGCCCAUCUCAACCGUCUUAUUUAACAAUGGAAAUACCACGUGACGAGUAA